CUGCACCACAAGCCACCAACCUCCAACUCUUCCCUACCUACCUACAUUACGUCCGCAAGUUGCUUCCACUCUCAUGCAGUCAUGCAGGCAUGCAGGCAUGCAGUGAUAUCGUGCAGUAAAGUUGCAUUCAGCGCGGGCGGGUUGAAUUAAUGCUGCAUCAGGUGCUCCAACCCGCAUUUGGUUGAUCGGGAGAUGCAACCUCCCAGCCUGUGCCAGGACGCCUCAUUCUUGAGCUUGGUGCGCAUCCUAUCUCACCAUCAAACGAUGGUUCCCCUGAUCAUCUGUGAAGCGGCGAGACACCGUGACGGUGUAUUGCCAGCCACCGUUGCCCAAACGAUGCAAGCUCUGGGGGUGCCAUCGUCCAAUCAGUGAUUUGUUCCUCCAGCGAGGACUUUACUGCUUUGAUUGUCCGCCUGAAGAGUGAGAGAACAAGGCGUGCCAAGCAUCACGAAGGUGACAGAGAGACUUAUAUGCAGAUCGUGCCCCAAGACUGCGGGUGUCUGGAGAGACUUGGAACCUCCCAAGAUGGCCUCGAGUACCUUCCUCAAAGAUGGCAAGCUUGCUUCAGAUGGUGAUUGGCCCGAGAUAUUGAGAAGAGCGAACCUGGAAGACCUCAACCCCCAAUCGACAGGCAGCCCCGAUGAUGUAACAGUGACUGGUGAGCAGGUCUGGGAGCUUGAAUUUUCAUCAAAGGCGAAUGCUACAUACUUCAAAACUCCACUUGUAGCCGAGAAAGGUUCGGCAUGGGUAGGAGACGAAUUCGAUUCUGGGGUGAUGCUACUCGCCUCAAAUCAGGUUGAGAAAUUUCACUCUGGUGGGCUCGGUGGGGUUGGAGAUUCCAAAGAUUCCCACCCAAUCUCGUUGUUAGACGACGAUGUGUUCUCUCGCCCAAUUCCAUUGCGAGGGGAUAUCGAGAAUGGCGAUGCUAGCAUUUGGAAGACCUUCGAGAUCUCAGAUUCAAACAAGCAGCUCAAUAGCUUCAUAGCAGUUCUGGACCCCGUCAGGAACACCACCGUCAAGCUUCUCAAACCGGCAGAACCAGAUUCCUCUCGAAGUCCCAGUGCUCUUUGGUGUAUGACCACCCCCGAGGGCUACGCUACCAUUGUGAAAUUGACCUUUGGGCUCACCAUCUCGGACAUUCCAAUUCUCGCAUGGGUCAACGAGAAGCUAGGCUUGAAUAUAGAGAGUCUGGAUAUCCCCGAUAUCUUCCUCUCUGCCACGAAAACAGUUCUUUACUCUCUGGAAGACCAAACUCCUUCAGACCCCAUGUGGACGUGAGUAUUCACUCCUACAGUUCUACAACUAUUAACACUAGGCCCGAAACCAGAUUUUCCGUUCAGUUCUCUAUUCUGAACUUCGAUGUUGCCAUUGAUUUCUCUGAGAUCGACACCACAUUCUAUAUCAUGCCUACGAGGUCGAUCAAUAAGAUAGUGACAGAUCUGGGAUCUGCUUUCGGGAACACAGACGGACUAGAUGCCGACCAAGUUCCUUCAGACGAUCCUAGUGAUCCUUUUUCUCGGAUCGCAAAUCAGUUCAAUCUUUGGUACGUCCAUCUAGAUAAGGAUCUAGAGCUGGAGGAAGCAACAGAAGGGCCAGAGCCUGAGCUUGAGCCAGAAAAAGAUGCAAGCGGAGUGGUAGAUCAUGGAUUGAUUGCAGCAAAUGCAGUCAACGCAAUGGAAGUGGCGACGUCAUCUGAAGAGCCAAAAGGGAAAGGCUCUGCUCCUUUGCAAUGGGGCAUCAAGCUACUUAUGAGCUGGAAAACAGGAGAAAAUAAUGAUAUCCCAGUUAUCAUCGGACUUGGCUACGAGUCGCGAAUGAAGAUAUUUCACGGUGAGCUCAUUCUCGCCAAUAACCCGAUUGUCCUGAAUUCUCGCCUUCCCGACUAUGAUCACAGGCUCGCGCUACCCUACAAAAUACUGGAAUCCCAAGGUACCAAAAUCGAUACCUUUCAUCCAAUACCUGCAUCAAUCAGUCUGUGGGAUCUCUUCUACAGUGAUUGUGGACAUCCUCCCAAGGAGCUUCAUAGCAUUCCCUUCAAUAUAAGCCUGGCCGAAUUGUCCUACCAGACCAUCCCUGGGGCCACGCCCGCAGACAAGACUUCAUCAAUAACUUUCGCCAUGACUAUCCAGAGAGAUGGAGAGCAAGCGCCAUUAUCCGGAGAAGAGGCCCCUACCGGAGGACUUGUCUGGGAGGAGAUCUCCGUCUUUGCUUCUAGAAUGGCAGGAAAGGAUCCCAAAACCAAAUCUGCUUUGAAGUUGACCUCCAUCCAGAUUGCGUCUCAAGUAAAAUUGACACCAAAGACCUUAACGGAACCCCCCAUCAAGGAGGCCAUCCUAGAUGUAGCUCUGUCAUACGACAAUCUCGCAGGCGCGACCGAUUGGACGCUAGAGGGAUCAGUCCAAAACCUCUCGGUCGCACUACUGGCUGAUUGUUAUUUCGAUGAGACUUGCAAGUCCGGAGCAAUAGAAGUCCUUGGCAAGCUAAACCUGAGCUCGCUUAAGGUUCUGUAUGUUUAUUCCGCAGGUCAAGCCUCGUCUCUCCUGAUCACCGGGACACUCACCCUUGGGGGCCUGGAGCUCGAUUUGAGUUACCAAUAUGUUAGUACCAAGAUCAAGCCAACCGCCAGAUCUGCAGCUCAGGUUAGAUGGGGAGGUAACCCCCCGAAUGCCGAAUUAAAACCAGUUUCGGCGACAUCGGAGACAAAUUGGUCAUUCGAAGCUUAUCUGAGAGUUACAGACCAAGAAUCAACGAUUGCUAGCAUUGCAGACAGUAUAAUUCCUGGGAGUGGGCAGGAUCUACCUGAUUUCGUCGGUGGCAUCAGAAUUUCAGCUAGGGGCGACCCUCUGAACGCUCCAAUUAAGCUGAUCUACACUGGCAAUAACACUGAUGGUUCUCUUUUGGCUGUCUGGGUGAACUUAGGGCCCUUUAAUAUGACUUUCAUACAGUACAGGUCAAUGGCCACUGCUACGAAGAUUGCGACAACGAAAUCUAUUUUGAGGGUUUCAGCAGACCAAAUCCCUCUGCUUGAUAAGGUUCCUCUGGUAAAUGAGAUGCCGCAGCCAUUCGACAAUCUAGUAUACCUGUGGGUCGGGGAUCCGGGGCAAACAACCCCUAAUCCCAAGGGCUUCACCAGAGAAAUGAUUGAGAUUGAGGCAGGAGGCAAGAGACCGAUCAACAAAGCCCUGGAGCAAGCAGGUAACCCUCCAAUAUUGCUCAAAAAGAGCAAGAGUCAAUUGACCGCAGCACAUUCCGCCUCAACGAGUCCGGCUUUGGAGGCUGGGCAUCAUUUUAUUGUUGUCACAAAUGGUAAAGUGGUACUCGAUCAUGUCUUCGAGCCCGGAGAGAAAGAUAAGCAGCCACCUAUGGCCGGAGCUUCCCCUACCCCACCAGUCCCUCCACGUCCUCCGAACCCACCAUCCGUAACGACAGUCUCGGAAAAGCCACCAGCGAAGGGGGAUACCAAUACCAGAGCAGGUCCCUUAAGUAUCUCCGGACUCACACUACAGUACAAGAAUGGAUCGCUCUUCAUCGGCGUAGAUGCUACCCUUGUCCUGGGACCUCUGACUUUCAGUGUUAUUGAUUUCACAAUAGAGAUCGAAUUGAGUAAAGUGAAACUUGACAGUCUUGCUGACAUCAUCAAAGAAAAGCUAGUCAGAGUUAGCAUCCACGGACUGGCAGUAGGUGUAGACAAGCCCCCACUUACCUUGAAUGGCGUCUUCAUCCAUGAUACGGCGGUAGCCGGCACAGCUGGAGGUUCUAUCGAGAGUUAUCGUGGAGGUAUCGCUGUGGGCUUCAAGGCUUGGAAAAUCCUUGCAGUGGGUGAGUAUGCUAUAGUCACAAUGGUCAAAGACGGGCCCCAGUUCAAAUCAGUAUUUGUGUAUGGUAAACUCGAUGGACCUCUCGUCACACUUGAAUUUGCUACGAUAUCUGGCGUUCGUCUUGGUUUUGGUUUCAACUCUCUUGUGCGUCUACCCAAGGCGGAGCAAUUAUACCAGUUCCCAUUCAUAUGUGAUACUGUGACUGGAGAUGAUCCUUUGAAGAUUCUCAAUGCUCUGAAAGAAGGACCGAAUCCCUUUGUCUACACCAAAGAAGGGGGUUGUUGGUUCUUGGCCGGAAUGACCAUUACUUGCUUUGACUGCAUCACUUUGACGGCUGUGCUGAUGUUCGAGGUUGAGACAAAGUCAACUCAUAACGGAGUUAUCAUUGCUCUUCUUGCCGAUGGAGUAUUCCAAAUGCCCCCUCUCGCACAACCGGAAGUCUCGUUAUUCUAUAUCGAGCUUUUGAUCAAGGUCGAGCUCAAUUUCAUCGAAGGGUAUAUUGCUGCUGACGCAGCAUUGGCUCCUGCUUCGCACGUGUACGUCCCACAGGCAAAGUUGACAGGAACUGGUUCAUUCUACUCGUGGUUUCCACCGAACGCGCAUGCGGGAGACUGGGUAGUGACAAUUGGUGGUUAUCAUCGAGCUUAUAAAGAGCCAGACCAUUAUCCCCAUAAUCUUACCCGUCUAGGGCUAAACUUUGUGGUAGGGAAUGGAAUCCAUGUCAUUGGGGGAGCCUACGUCGCUGUUACACCGAAGUGUGCUAUGGCAGGUGGAGCUCUACAUAUCUCAUUAGACGUGGGACCCGUGAGCGCUCAUGCAGAUAUUGCAUUGGAUGUCUUCGUCAACUUCAAACCCUUCUACUUCAUUGCUGAAAUGCGCUUGUCGGUCGGCAUUGAAUGUGAAGUGGAUCUUUUGUUUGUUUCAUUCCAUGUUUCAAUGUCGUUGGGGGCAGAUUUGGUUCUGUGGGGACCGGACCAAUUUGGAGGAGUUGCUCACGUACAUUUUUGGUUCUUCGGCUUUAGUAUUGACUUCGGGAGUGGACUUAAAGAUGUCCCAGGUGUGUCGUUGCUCGAAUUCUUUGAAAUAGUGAAGACGGCAGGCCCAGAUAGCGAACCUCCACCAGGAGACCAUACCUCGAAUGUAAAUCCCUGCCAAGCACUCCAUAAAUACACCAUCGAGGAGGGACUCUUCCCACACAAGCCAAUAUCCGAAGAUGAAACAACUUUUCCCAACACCGGUGCAAACACCGAAUGGAAAGUGUUGGCUGGCCCUCUCCGGAUCCGAAUAGAUGCCGAUUUUGCUCUGAAAUCCGCUUCUCUAGUCAAUGCGGCAAAGGAUCCCAGGAACUUCAAUCACAUUACCACCGCGCCACCGCAAGAUCUGGAUGAUUUCUAUGCAUUUCCAAUGCAUCUGACCAGCCCUGUGGAAGCUUCGCACAUGAACAUAACGAUCUACUUCCUAGGUGGUAAAGAAGAGGACAAAGAGCUCAUGACAGACUUCCGAGCCGAGCUUGUGCUCAAGAAUGCACCCAGAGCUGUCUGGGACAAGUACACAGCGGACAAGAACCCCCUAUCCAGAAUUAGUGGCCAGAAAUCUAAAGCACUGGAAAAUGGAAGCGACCCAACGAUGGAACUUUGCCAAGGAGUGAGGAUUCUACCGCCUCUUCCAUACCUGGAUCAAUGUCCUGUUCUUGACUUCGAUGCUACUGCUGCAAUGAUGGUGUAUAACGACAACGAACCAUUUCCUAGCUUUGACCCUGAGCAGAGCACUUAUCUUGCAGAGCCAUUCGAACCCGAUUCCUCCCCAAUCGUGCAGUGGGCCAACUUCGAGAAGCUGUGGAAGGGUGAAAACGAGCCUCUUGUAACUGGUCCAUCUGGAGAGCAAGUUCUGAAGUCCGAUAUCCGAGGAGACAAUGCCAUUGGAGCCGGUAUACUUGGCUUGAUUGUGAACACCCUUGGUUGGAAUGAGCGACGACCAGCUGAGAAAGAGCAGGGCACGGCUCCUGAUGUGCUAAGCUCAGACGGCAAGGUUCAAAGGAAAGAGUGGCAGCUGGUCAGCAUACCACCAACUGUUCUCGCGGAGGAAUUGAAGUACUACUAUCCAUACUUGCCAAUGGCUACAGGUCUGGUCGCAGCGUAG